AUGUCGAAGUCAUCCGAGGAGAGCGAGGCCGAAGUGCGGUCGUGGGGCUUUGCCCACGUCUUUACUUGGACGGAUGGACCAAACUCCUACUACCGGCCGCACAAGCACGCCGGCCCCACCACACAUCUCAUCCUACGCGGCCAGUUGACAAUUGCCUAUCCAGACGCCCCUGGUGCCGCAGCAAAGACCACUCUUGGAGUCGGUGAUCGAUGGGAUGUGCCUGCGGGCAGGAGCCACGAAGUCUGGGUUGGGCCGGAAGGCUGCACAUAUGUCAUUGGCGAAUAG